UGUAUUUACUCGUCACCAUCGCGCGCCAUAUUUCUUUUCCGACUUUCCUCUAACAGGUCGCGGUGAAGAGACUCGAACCAGAAUGCUCUCCAAAAUAGUAGGACAGAAAUAUGUCUCCAUUGCAAGGGCGUGGGUUCCCACACUGACUUUAUGGGGAGGAGUUGGAGGCAUUGCACUCGUCCACUUCACAGACUGGAGACUGAUCCUGGACUAUGUGCCCUACAUCAAUGGAAAGUUCAAGAAGGAUGACUAGAUGUGUGAACUUCAUGGUCUGACAGUUUGCUGAGAUUGGAUUGGAUCAAGGUGAACAUCCUAACUGGGAAUAACUGAAGGGACAUGGGCACAGCUCCACUGCAUGACAGGGACUAAUGAACCAUCUUGUGUAAUUUCUGUUUAACUGCUGAUCAGUAUAUUUAUUUUUUUGGAAAAAAAAAACAGUUAUAAAUGCAAAGCAAAGCUGGUUCUCGCCAUACAGAUGUACCUCUGCCAUAACGGACAACUUUAACUAUGAAUUAUUUUUAGCAACCCUGUAUGGAACCUGCUGCAUAUUUAUAAUCUGACUACAUAAGUCUGAAUAAACUGAAAGCAAGACUUUAAAUGCCAAUAGAGUCCCUGAAUAAUCAAGCUUUGAUUAUUAACUGAACUGUGCUUCUGUCUGAAAGGACCCGGUUACAUUGUCCUUAUGUAAAACUCCUAUUUGAAACCAAUGGACUGUAUAACAAGGCAUUUGUUUUAUUCUGGGUUUUUGUUUCUUUCUGUACUCCCCACCUCCUGUCUCCUACAUGUGGGUUGACUGAUGGUGCUUGUCAAUAAAAAGAGCAAAACUUUUA